GCCUGCGCAUCCGCGUGGGGGAGCUGGUGGAGGAUCCCGGGACGCGGAGACCCGGGGUCCCGGCAGCGGGGUGGCCCGCGGGCCACGGUGGGGAUGCACCGUCGCGGAGUGGGAGCCGGCGCCAUCGCCAAGAAGAAGCUUGCAGAGGCCAAGUAUAAGGAGCGAGGGACUGUCUUGGCUGAGGACCAGCUGGCCCAGAUGUCAAAGCAGUUGGACAUGUUCAAGACCAACCUGGAAGAAUUUGCCAGCAAGCACAAGCAGGAGAUCCGGAAGAAUCCUGAGUUCCGGGUGCAGUUCCAGGACAUGUGUGCCACCAUUGGGGUGGAUCCUCUGGCCUCUGGAAAAGGAUUUUGGUCUGAGAUGCUAGGCGUGGGAGACUUCUAUUACGAGCUGGGUGUCCAGAUUAUCGAAGUGUGCCUGGCCCUGAAACACCGGAAUGGAGGUCUGAUAACUCUGGAGGAACUACAUCAACAGGUGUUAAAAGGAAGGGGCAAAUUCGCCCAGGAUGUCAGCCAAGACGACCUGAUCAGGGCCAUCAAGAAACUAAAGGCACUGGGCACUGGCUUCGGCAUCAUCCCUGUGGGCGGCACUUACCUCAUUCAGUCUGUUCCAGCUGAGCUUAAUAUGGAUCACACUGUGGUGCUGCAGCUGGCAGAGAAAAAUGGCUAUGUGACUGUCAGUGACAUCAAAGCCAGUCUUAAAUGGGAGACGGAGCGAGCGCGGCAAGUGCUGGAACACCUGCUGAAGGAAGGGCUGGCUUGGCUGGACCUGCAGGCCCCAGGGGAGGCCCACUACUGGCUGCCAGCUCUCUUCACUGAUCUCUACUCCCAGGAGAUUACAGCUGAGGAGGCCAGAGAAGCCCUCCCCUGACUGGGAAUGCGGAAGGGGGCACAGCAGCAGGCAGGGAGAAGAGGGAGGAGCUGGUGGUGAAUAAAACCUGGACAACUUUGUUUUAAAAAAGAACCAAAAAACCAGAAAAAUUCCAAUUUUUUUCUUCCCCCAGUAUUCUUCACCCAUUACUUUAUUUUUUUUUUUUUAAAGUGCCUUCACAUUGCAUCUUUAUUGGAGAAAACCUUUUUUAUCCGCUAAGGAUAACCUGAGUAACAUAGAUAACAGUGAACAUGUAUAAAAUGACUUGCACAGGUCAUCUACAAGUUCAUGGUAGAGCUGGGCCUAGAAUGAAGGCCAUCUGUCUCCUGGCUAGACAGUCUAGUUUCUGUGGCCCUGAGACAUAAAUUGUAGCCUCUGUUAAUUCAAACCCCUUCCUCAUAAAAUGUUCCUUAUCUCAAACGAGCAGACCCUAAUGGACCAGUAAAUAGUCACUCUUUCAGUCUCUUCCAGCUUCCUUUGUAGGGGUUCCAGGUUAUGGCAGCAGACUCAGCUAUGAGUAUGAAGGAAAUAGAGGUCAAUGUUAAAUGGUGGUUAGAGAAAA